AUGGUUCCAUGGGUAGCAUUGUUGCUCCUCGCUCGUGCUUGCUGCCUGCCUGCUCUUGACAUUUCUCAAUGUAUCGCACCGCUGGGUAUGGAGACUGGUCUGAUCCCCGACAAAGACAUCACUGCAAGCUCCUCGUUCAACAAUGAUAAUGUCGCACCACAGAAUGGAAGAUUAAACCAGGAAAUUAAGAGCGGUGCAUGGUGUCCUAAGUCCCAAAUCACGACGGAGUCAACUGAGUGGUUAGAGAUAAAUCUUCACUCUGUUCACGUCAUAACGGCGACAGGGACACAAGGGCGUUUUGGAAAUUCUCAAGGAGUGGAGUACGCUGAAGAAUAUUCGUUGGAGUAUUGGCGACCAAAGCUUGGCAAAUGGAUGCGCUAUCGACCAGCUGAUGGACGGGAGAUUUUACCCGGUAACACGAAUACGUAUUUAGAAAAGAAAAAUCACUUAGAACCGCCUAUUUGGGCAUCCAAAAUUCGAUUCAUCCCUUCAAGUUCGCAUCGACGCACUGUUUGCAUGCGAGUGGAGCUUUAUGGGUGUUAUUGGAACGUGGGAAUAGUUGCGUAUUCGAUGCCAAAGGGCGACAUACGCAGCAAUGAUGUAGGCCUCACUGACUCCAUAUAUGACGGCCAGUGGGGCGAAGAGCUAAAAGGGGGUUUAGGAAAGUUGGUUGACGGACAAUUUGGUGGGGAUGAAAUACGAGAAGCUGCCAAGAACUUAGCUUGGGUUGGCUGGAGGAAUGAUUCAAGACCCACACCACCAGUGAUUACGUUCGAGUUUGAUAAAGUGAGAGAAUUCAGCGCUGUUCAUAUUUUUUGCAAUAACAAAUUCAUGCGGGAUGUACAGGUAUUCUCCGAGGCUAUUAUCUCGUUUUCAAUCGGAGGUCGGCACUUUCAAGACGAACCCAUUCGGUAUGCAUCAGUGAGCGACAAUAUAUUUGAGAACUCUCGCAACGUGAGCAUCAAAUUGCACCACAGAAUCGGCAAGUGGGUUCGCAUAGAGAUGCGGUUCUCGGCUCGGUGGAUUCUUAUUAGUGAAGUCGUCUUUGAUUCGGACGUCGCCCAAGGGAAUUACACUCCCGAGAGUUCGAAGCCGACUCAAGUCAAAGACAAAACGAAAGUUAUUACAACAAAUAAUGUACCAAUACCCACAGCACAUCAAGACGAUCCACUCUAUAUGGCGAUUGUCGUUGGUGUCCUUACAGCUCUAGUGAUAUUACUAAUUGUCGCGGUGUUUCUCAUAAUACACCGACAUAGACAUAGAAAAUGCUUCGCGUCGCCUCUAGCCAAAACAACUAUAGCCCAAAAAAGAGCAGCGCCAGAGAAUUAUAACACUUGUGGAUCUUCGAUGUUGCCUGACAAUAAGAUGAUAAUCGAUUGCGGGUUAGAUGUGAAGUCUGAUGAAUAUCAGGAGCCCUAUCAGGCUUUGAAAUGUGCGCCAUACUUCAGCUAUAGCACAGUGUUGUUAGAGAUGAAGGACUUUGUUAAGGAUUCUAAUACAGCGUUGUCUGACAGUUCAAAUUACGACUACGCGGUACCAGAGCUGUCAUCAGCGCCACUAUUAACAAAGCGUAGAUUGCUCGACGACUCGUCAGCUGCAACUGCGCUCAUGAGCGAUCACGAAAUUGAUAUGGAGACUAGGCGCUCGUGUGCAGGAUCACUGCGCUCCAAGCAUAGUACGAGGUCUCCAAGCCAACAAGAGGUGCUUAUAGAUUUAAAACGACGUCUUGAGACAACGAAUGUUAUUGAAUUUCCUCGACACCGACUUCGAAUGAUUUCUAAGCUGGCUGAAGGGGCUUUUGGCACUGUUUAUGUGGCGGAGGCUGACGGCGUUCCCGAAUACAAUGGAACUAUUACCUCGGAUCGACGCUUGGUUGCUGUCAAGUUUCUAUGCCAUGACGCCUCGCUCAAGGAGAGGUAUAUCAUGGAGGAGUUUGAGCGUGACGUGCGCAUCUUGGCGGCUUUGUCGUCGCCACACCUAGCAAGAGUAUUGGGCGCCUGCCGAUCACCGCCCUUGGCUGUAGUUCUCGAAUAUCUUGAGCUUGGUGAUUUGUGCUCGUUCCUACGUACGACAGUGCCGCCAUCUCUCGCUACUUUGAUGCAUGUUGCAACGCAAAUCGCCGCCGGAAUGCAAUAUCUGGAGUCAUUAAACUUCGUGCACAGGGAUUUGGCUGCUCGUAAUUGCCUGGUCGGCAAAGGAUACCAGGUGAAAAUAAGCGAUUUUGGUACGGAUAAUGAAGUGUACGCGUGUGAUUAUUACAAAGUGGAUGGUAGAAUACCCCUACCGUUGAGAUGGGCUCCCUGGGAAUCUGUUUUGAGGGGAAAAUAUACGACUAAGAGCGAUGUAUGGGCGUUUGCUGUUACAUUACACGAAAUAUUUACUUUAUGCCGCCGGAGGCCCUACGAACAUUUGACUGAGGCUGAGGUGCUAGAAAAUCUAUCCCAUUUACAAGCGGAUGACGACCUGUUUGAAUGCAUCGAUCGCGCUCCAGGCGUACCUCGUGAUCUCUACGAAGUCAUGACAGAUUGUUGGAGAAGAGACGAAUUGGAAAGACCAACCUUUGCGGAAAUGCACCUAAUUCUACAGCGUAAGUGCCUAGCACUGACUACGUGA